UGGGUGUCAGCUUUUAUUGGCACGGCACAAAGCAAGUGCCAAGGGUUCGGUGGCUCGACUCCCCGCCGCAGACCGUGGAUAAAAGCGAGCAAAAUGCCUCAGCCUAGCUCAGAGACAUAGUCAUGUUGGGCUGGAACGAGGAAGUGCAGUGGAGAGGGGAGGGACUCAGGGCGCAGCUCCAUGGGGCCGCCGCGGCGCUGCGACCUUCUGCACAUGGAGCCGGGGAGAGUUGGAAGAACUUCAUACUGCAAACUCAAGGAAUAGCAGAGUACUUGCACCGCAUGGAGACAGAGGAGGCCCAGGAAAUGGCCCAGAUGCCAGGCAGGGACAGCCCCCCUGCCAAUGAAGUGUCCGAGGAGGCAGAGGAGCCCAUGGCGGUCCCCGAGGACCUGUCAGCCAGCUCCACCCACCAGCAGAACAACAGAGGAGACAAAGCCUGUAACAUUAAAGUUGAGGCUCGCAGUGAUGAGGAGAAUGGGCUGGCCUGUGACAUGAAUGGCGUGGAGGAGGAGGAGGGCGCGGAAGACUUGCGCGUGAUCGAUGCCUCGGGGGCCAAGGUGAACGGCUCACAGCCGAGCCCCGAAGCAAAGGCCUUCUCCUCAGCCGGCGGUAUCCGGCUGCCCAACGGGAAGCUCAAGUGCGAUAUCUGUGGGAUAGUUUGCAUUGGUCCCAAUGUGUUGAUGGUGCACAAGCGAAGCCACACUGGAGAACGUCCUUUCCAGUGCAGCCAGUGUGGUGCCUCGUUCACCCAGAAGGGUAACUUGCUGCGUCACAUCAAGCUGCAUUCAGGGGAGAAACCCUUCAAGUGUCACCUGUGCAGCUACGCCUGUCGCAGGAGGGACGCCCUCACGGGCCAUCUACGCACGCACUCGGUUGGAAAACCCCACAAAUGUGCUUACUGUGGGCGGAGCUACAAGCAGCGCAGCUCAUUAGAGGAGCACAAGGAGCGAUGUCACAACUACCUCCAGUGCAUGGGGCUGCAAAACAGCAUCUACACGGUAGUAAAGGAAGAAAGCAACCAGAAUGAGCAGAGGGAAGACUUAAGCCAGACGGGAUCUGACAGAGCCUUGGUGCUAGACAGACUAGCUAAUAAUGUAGCUAAACGUAAGAGCACUAUGCCACAGAAGUUUGUGGGAGACAAACGUCUGUCUGACCUCUCUUACGACGGAGGAACUGGAGAGCUGAUUCAGCCCCACGUCAUUGACCAGGCCAUCAACAGUGCCAUCAGUUACCUGGGGGCUGAGUCACUGCGGCCUCUGGUCCAGACCUCGCCAGCCUCCUCUUCUGAAGUUGCUCUCAGCUCCAUGUAUCCCCUCCACAAGCCGGCCAUAGAGGGCCACACAGGGACGGGCUUGUCAGCCAAAGACAGUGCAGCUGAAAACUUGCUGCUGCUCUCUAACUCCAAGUCUGCCUCCAGCGAGAAGGACGGCUCGCCCAGCCACAGCGGCCAGGACUCCACGGACACCGAGAGCAACAAUGAGGAUCGUUCAAGCGCAGCGGCGCCCGGUCUCAUCUACCUGACCAACCACAUCACGUCGGGGGUGAGGAACGGUGUGCUGCCCCUGGUGAAGGAGGAGCAGCAGAGGCAGUAUGAUGCCAUCCGGGCCAGCAUGGAGAUGGCCUCCGAGGGCUUCAAGGUGGUGACCGCAGACGGGGCACAGGUGAGGGCGUACCGCUGCGAACACUGCCGGGUUCUCUUCCUGGACCAUGUCAUGUACACCAUUCACAUGGGUUGCCACGGCUUCAGAGACCCCUUCGAGUGCAACCUCUGUGGCCACCGGAGUCAAGAUCGAUACGAGUUCUCCUCCCAUAUAACACGAGGAGAGCAUCGCUUCUGAGGCCCAAUAACACACACACACUUUACACAGACAAACAGGUUGGAAAACAUGCCACUCUCACUCACAGACAAGCACCUGCAAUAAAUGCAUAGAAAAAUGUGAUGUAAUAUACACUGUUGAUGUCUUGUGAUUUUAUACAAGGUAUGCAUGUUUGUUGACCACAGAUAAAGGUAUACAAUUCCUGAAAAAACAUUUAUUUUCAUUUCUGACACUGUGUACAAAAGGACCACCAGCUCAUCCGUCUUUUUUUUAAAGAAACAAAAUAUUGAAAACAAUACAGCAGAGUUACUGUGCCACAUUUUUUCAUGAGUUCUAAAUCUUGUAUUUACCAUAUCAUAAAUACCAUACUGCCAUAAAUAUAAUAUGUAUAAAUGUGUAUUUUGUUUUGGAAAACCAGGUAGCAAAUUUUAUUUUAUUUUUUUUUACAUUUUAAAUAAGAUUUACAUGCUUUCUUUUCAUUGGUAUUAAAUACAAUCAGUAAAAACUUAACAAUCAGUGUAGGUAAACCCACAGUUCCUCACAAGGUUUUGAGCUGUUCUUGCAUUUGUAAUAACCUACAUAGUAUUUAUAACAUUUACAUGCCUGUCUGUUUUUGUAUUUAUUACAGUGAUCGAUGUUUGUCUUAUAGAGUAGUAAAAGCUGCAUUUUUUUCCUGUUCAACUGUACUAAAUGUGUAUGAGGUGAUCCAUGACUGCUGCUGGAAGCUAUUUUUAGUGUUAUCAGAGGAAAAUGUACUCCUGGACUGUUUGUUUCAUACAUGAUGGUGAAAAAUUGUUUGACUCAUUAAAUGAAAAUGAAGAUAACUUCAUUUGAAGGGAGCCUUAUGCUUGCAAAAUAUCAAUAAAGGAUAUUUUAUAUAUGCA